CGUAAAUUGUUUUCCUGCUUUUACGGUGUUUGGAAGCAUGAAAACAUUUUACAUUUGUAAAAUGUUUUACAAACACGGGUAAAAUAACCUUCAAUUUGGGGAAAAUGUCUUACCGAUUUCAUUUCUGUAAGACAUUUUCCAUCUCUCGUUCUUCAUCCAGGAUCUCAUUCCUCUUCGCAAGAAUGGGUAAGGGCAACAAAGAAGGGACCUCCAAGCAAUUCAGGUGGACAAAAUCGAUGGAACAUCUUUUUCUUGAAAUUUUAGCAGAGGAGGCCCAGAAAGGAAAUAAGCCUUCUAAUACUUUCAAAGCAGUGUCUAUUAAUCGAGUUGUCGAAGCUAUUUCUGAAAAAUUUCAAGUCCAAUGCGAUGUAAAACAUGUGGAAAAUCAUUUGAGGACCGUAAAAAAACAGUGGCAGAUUAUAUGCACAAUUCGGGGUGAAAGUAGUUUUGGAUGGGAUGAUAACAUGAAAAUGAUCGCAUGUGAUAGAGCGACAUAUGAUGCAGCAGCGCACAAGAAGUAUGAGCCAUUUUUGAAUCAAAGCAUUGAUCAUUAUGAUGAAAUGGCUUUGGUUGUUGGCAAAGAUAUGGCAACAGGGAGUUUUGCCAGAACAUUUGCUGACAUAAAUUUGGAUGAUGAUAACAUAGAUUCAGUGCCUAUAGACUGCGAGAAUGAAGCGACUGAAGAGUGCUUUGGAACAAAUUUACUGUGGAUAAGACACCACAUCUUUACGAAGAAGUGA